AAUGUUUUUAAAUGGGCAAUCUUUUGAAUAAUUGAUAUAAAGGAUGCUGAAUUUCGAAGAUAAACUAAAAUCUAAACCUGAUAUAGUGUUAUCUAAAUACUUUAAGAUAUAGAAGAUUAAUGAUAAAUCUAAAUGUUCAAUUUGUGGAAAGACUAAUUCUAAAUCAAUCAUUACUCCUUGCAAUCAUAUAUUUCAUCCUAAAUGUAUAGUUGAGAAGAUUAAAAACAAGUAAUUGAAAUGCUAAGAUUGUGAUAAAACUUAUGGAAAUCCUGCCUAACCACCUGGCACAUUUAUUUAAAAACUAAUAGACUAAUCUUGUUAAGGGUAUGAUAAGAUUUAGACAAUAGAAAUUGUUUAUGACAUACCCAAUGGAUUGUAAAAUGGAAUUCAUUAUCGAGGUACUAAAUAAAUUUGUUAUAUACCAAAUACUAAAGAAGGACAAGAAUUGGCUGAUUUAUUAAAAAAAGCAUUUGACAAAGGCUUAGUUUUUACUAUCGCAAGAUCAUUGAAGGAUGGUCAUAAAUAUCAAGUCUAAUUUAAUGAUUUACAUCAUAAAACUAGUUUAAAUGGAGGCAAAUACGGAUAUCCUGAUGCUACUUAUAUUGAUAGAAUGAUAUCAGAAUUAAAACAGAGAUUAAACUGA